UUUCCGGCUGCUGAAGACGUUGUUGUUGUUGUCGACAUGGCGGUUCCUCUGAGCGUCUUGCUGGGCGUGCGUGUCCGUGCUGCUGUCGCUCGCUGUGGGUUCGCGACCCGGGGGGUGGCAGACCCCGGCAUUCUCGGCCGCGAGCCGGACCCCGAUUCCGACUGGGAGCCGGAGGAGCGGGAGCUGCAGGAGGUGGAGAGCACCCUGAGACGGCAGAAAAAAGCCGCCCGGUUCCAGAAAAUUCGGAGGCAGAUGGAGGCUCCGGGUGCUCCGCCCAGGACCCUGACGUGGAAAGCCAUGGAACAGAUCCGGUAUUUACAUAAAGAAUUUGCAGAGUCCUGGUCAGUUCCUAGAUUAGCUGAAGGCUUUGGUGUCAGCACUGAUGUGAUCCGAAGGGUUUUAAAAAGCAAGUUUGUACCCACAUUGGAGCAGAAGCUGAAGCAGGAUCAAAAAGUCCUUAAGAAAGCUGGACUUGCGCACUCACUCCGGCAGCUCCCCGGCUCUGGGGACACCUUGAAGUCGCUGUCUGCGAGUCACUCUGGAUCAGGCUCUUCGCUGAUGCCAAGGGGUGAAUCCUCAUUCAGAGGCUUGGGUCACAGCACAGCUUUGCACCUGAUAGACUCAAACACUCACGGUACAAAUACACCACGGAGACAGAAGGGAGGGAAUCAAGGAAUCCAGGUCCCGGAGGAGGAACGCUCCGUGCCUGUUGCAGCAGCCCUAGGUCAUCAGCGAGAGCUGCAGAAGUCCUCCACCAGCCACGGCGCGGGCAAGAGAGGACCUGAUGGUUAUGGAUUGCCAGGCGACAUGCCGGGAGAUCUGAAGGCAGAGGAGCCGGGUGAGCAGAACUUUAGCAGCAAAGUUGUCCAGAGGGGGCGAGAGUUCUUCGAUAGCAACGGGAACUUCCUGUACAGAAUCUGAGCUGGAGCAUGGCUUGUGGAGGUGCCAAGUGAAACACAGCUGGGCCAGUAUAUCUGGAGCCGCCUGGACUUCUGUGUGUGGAGUAUCCACCUUGGGAUAGUAGGAAAUGAUGAGCCUGGAAGGUGGGAGGAAAGAGCCGGUCAGAUUGAAUCUGAUGAAAGGUAGUGAACUUCACAGGGCAGAUGUAUACAGCAGGUAAGGGUUAAUGACUGCUGGGUACAUUCUGGUGUCCUGGAGCACUGCUCCUGGUCUGACGCGCAUGGAUCCGCAGUGCUCACCCUUCUUGCUGGGGCUCUGUGUGUUGAAACCAGCCCCUGUUGCGGGUGUUGUUAGUCCUCUCUGAUACUUGGAAUAUGUGUUUGGAGAAAACUGCAACGUUUGCCUUCUGACCUCACUUCUUGAAUAAGGAACACUGAUAGUUCGGGAACUUCGGGAACUGUUUAGUCCAUUGUUUUCAUUAUAUGCAAAAAUAAAGUAAAAUGCAGCUUU